ACAAGGCGAAGCUGUAGAGCCGAAAGACAGCGCAGAAACUUCUAAGAAUUCCCCAGAUCGGCCCUGCGUUUUGCACACAUGCGGCAUAUGAUUUGGACCCUCUCCCCCCUCCCCGGCGGCGAUCGCAGAUUAGUAGGCCGGGACAGCGCGGAGGAGGUUAGCAUAUAUAAUUAGCGCCAUCAAACCACCCUGUUGGUGUUGGGCUGUGUUUCCUCUUGUCCUCCAUGUGAUUCCAAAGUGCUCUGCUCUGUAUUCCUAUUCCCUCUCUUCAAUCUUCAUUACCCCCUCCCCACCUCCUCCCCCUCCCCCCCUUGCCCUCUGAUCGUGACCAGCUAUUACUCUCGGCCAGCCAGCCCACCCUUCCUCUCCGGCAAAGCCCCCCUCGGUGUCCUCCUGUUCUCCCCAAUUGGCCCCGUGCUGUCCGGCGUUCGGCUCGGCUUGCGGGGCGCGCGCGGGUGGCACCCAGAGGGGCGGCGGGCGGAGCGCGGGGAGCGCCGGAGCGGAGCAUGCGGCGGUGAGAGCGCGGGCAGGAGGAGGAGGAGGAGCGGGGAGCUUCGCUUCGCUUUGCUUGCUUGGUUGCUGGCGCGGAGGGAGGGAGGAUGCAGCAGCCGCAGCAGCACCACCAUCACAAGCCCAAGCCGUCCCUCUCCGGCAGCCUGUCGUGGAUCCGGAGGUCCCCGCCGCCGUCGCCGCCGCACAGGAAGCCCUGGGGCGCCGGCGGCGGCAGGGGCCGCUACGCCUGCCGCGCCGUGCCGCUGCUCGUGCUCACCGUCUACAGCCUCUUCACCGUGCUCCGCAUCCCCAGCUCCUCCCUCGUCGUCAACACCGCCGAUUCAGAGCGCGUGGACCGGCGGGAGGAUGUGGAGGCGUUCAAGACCCACCUGCCGUCGAACCAGAACGGCCUCGAGGCCCGCCAGGAGACCCGCUCUCCGGCGUCCCUCCCGUGCUCCGCCUUCAUCAGCGGCGAGGCGGGCGGCGGGCCGGCGGAGGAGGGCGUGCUGUGCUGUGACCGGAGCCACUACCGCAGCGACGUGUGCUACCUCCGCGGCGACGCGCGCACGGACCCGUCCACCUCGUCGGUGCUCCUCUACAACGCGCCCCGCGGCGCCGCGCCGGAGAAGGUGCGGCCGUACACGCGCAAGUUCGAGGAGAGCAUCAUGCGGUCCAUCGACGAGGUGACCAUCGUGCCCGUUCCCGCGGACGCCGGCAACGGCACCGCCGGCGAGGACCCGAGGGACAGCCUGCGGCGGCGGUGCGACGUGCGGCACGCGCCGGGCGUGCCGGCGGUGGUGUUCUCGACGGGCGGGUACACGGGGAACGUGUACCACGAGUUCAGCGACGGGCUGAUCCCGCUGUUCGUGACGGCGGAGCGGUUCGGCGGCGAGGUGGUGUUCGUGGUGCUGGAGUACCACUACUGGUGGCUGGGCCGGUACGGCGCCAUCCUGGAGCGGCUGACCAACUACAAGAUCAUCGACUUCCGGUACGACCGCCGCGUGCACUGCUUCUCGGAGAUGAUCGUCGGCCUCCGCAUCCACGGCGAGCUCGUCGUCGACCCCAAGCUGAUGCCCAACGGCAAGAGCAUCAAGGACUUCCAGGCGCUCCUCCACCAGGGCUACAGCGGGAAGCCGUCCGCGGCGUCGUCGGCGCCGCUGCCGCUCCCUCUCGCGACGCCGGCCCGGCCGUGCGUCGACCACGCCAAGGCCGCCAAGCCCAAGAUGCUCAUCUUCAUCCGCAAGCAGAACCGGGUGAUCCUCAACCUGCCGCACGUGGUCACCGCCUGCCGCCGCGCCGGCUUCGCGCCGCACGUCAUGAACCUCCGGCGCCAGACGCCGCUCCCGGCCAUCCACGCGGCGCUCGCCUCGGCCGACGCCAUGGUGGCCGUGCACGGCGCGGCGGUCACCCACUUCCUCUUCAUGCGGCCCGGGACGGUGCUCCUCCAGAUCGUGCCCGUGGGGCUCGACUGGGCCGCCGAGUCCUUCUACGGCAAGCCGGCGCAGCAGCUCGGGCUGGAGUACCUGGAGUACCGGGUGGCGCCCGAGGAGAGCUCCCUGGCCGCCGAGUACGGGCUCAACAGCACCGUGGUGCAGGACCCCUCCGUCAUCAGCAGCCAGGGCUGGUGGGAGAUGAAGAAGGUGUACAUGGACCGGCAGAACGUGACCGUCAGCAUCAAGAGGUUCGGCGAGCUGCUCCGGGCGGCCAAGCUGCACCUCAAGAAGAACGCCACCGCGUGCGGCGGCAAGGCCGCCGGCGCGAGCCACGCGGCGGUGAGGUAGCGAGGGGCUAGUUGAGCCCCGGAUAAUUAGGUGUUAAUGAAUCACAGUCCACAGCCGUCAAUUUUUAAGUGUUUCUUCUUCUUCUUCUUCUUUCUUCUUUCUUGUGUUAUUUCUGGUUGGAGGUGGGGGAGGAGGGAGAGUAUAUCGAGUACAAAAGAGGAGAUCAUCAUGUACAUAGAAUUGGAUUGGUUGGAAGCCCCCGUGCACAGUACUCCUACAUUCGUUCAGUUCAUGUUGUUGUUAGGGAAAGUAAUAAUUUAUGUUAGGCCUCCAAGUCAAGUUCACAGCA